AGGGGACACGGGUAGAUGCUAACAGGAGGGAGGGGACCUCCUAGCUCAGCGAUUGGCAGCUUGCGCCUGAGUCGUCCCCCUCACCCCGCAUAUCCCGCCCCAGCCCCGCCCCCGCCACCAUCUGCUCAGGAUUUUGCUAUCCCGAGACUCCAGGCUCGGGGGCUUCGGGCUCCGGAGGCAGCCGAUCAGGUCUGCUUAGGGCCCUGGAGCUGCCCAAGGAUCCGGCGCCCUUCCAACCUGCUGCGCCUCCCGCAGCGGCUCCCUGCGUUCCCGCGUCCCAGCCCCGGGCCGGGCGCUGAUGGAACCGCGGCGAUGUUCACUUUGGCCAGGCUGCUGGAUUUCCAGAAAACCAAAUAUGCAAGGUUUAUGAAUGACCGAGUCCCGGCACACAAGAGGUACCAGCCCACAGAGUAUGAACAUGCGGCCAACUGUGCCACCCACGCUUUCUGGAUCAUCCCCAGCAUCCUUGGCAGCUCCAACCUCUACUUCCUGUCUGAUGAUGACUGGGAGACCAUAUCCGCCUGGAUCUACGGCCUUGGCUUGUGUGGUCUCUUUGUGGUAUCCACCAUUUUCCACACAGUCUCCUGGAAGAAGAGCCAUCUCAGGAUGGUAGAACACUGCCUGCACAUGGUCGACCGGAUGGUCAUUUACUUCUUCAUUGCGGCCUCCUAUGCUCCUUGGCUGAACCUUCGGGAGCUGGGCCCCUGGGCCUCCCACAUGCGCUGGCUGGUCUGGAUCAUGGCCUCUGUUGGUACUCUCUAUGUCUUUUUCUUCCAUGAACGGUACAAGCUUGUGGAGCUGCUCUGCUAUGUGGUGAUGGGCUUUUUCCCCGCCCUGGUCAUCCUCUCUAUGCCCAACACCGAGGGCAUCUGGGAGCUGAUGACAGGAGGGGUCUUCUAUUGCUUGGGCAUGGUGUUCUUCAAGAGCGACGGGAGAAUUCCCUUUGCCCAUGCCAUCUGGCACCUCUUUGUGGCAUUUGGUGCUGGUACCCACUACUAUGCCAUCUGGAGGUACCUCUACCUGCCCAGCACACUGCAGACCAAGGUGUCCAAAUGAGGUGACCCAGACUCCAUGGGUCAUUUAGACUUUGGGAUCAAAGCAUCAUGGGAAGUGAACUGUGAACCCUAACCCAGAGCAUAGUGCCGAGGUCUGUCUACCUUUUCCUGGAUGGAAUUCUUUAAGGGUCUAAGGUCCCCUUCAGUGACAGCCAGACCACCUUUUGAGUCUCCACAAGGAAAAACAUUUAGUCAUCUCCAUGGAGAAGAAAUUAAUUCAGUACUGUGUUUCUACUUUAGACAAAUGACUUUUUUUUUCUAUAACCAAUAUUAACAUCCUCAGAAAAGGGCAAAAUAGAGAAUGAUCAUCUAAGAGGUAAAUUUUAAGCUCCUGAGAACUUCCCUUUUUGCUUCAGAAGAAGGUCACCUAGCAUUAUAGAUGACAGAUGGGGAGUAUCCCUGACCAUUGCAGACAUCACCAAUCUAUUACAGCAUUUGCAUAGUGGUAGA